AUGUCCAUUAAAAAUAAAAAGAGUAAAUCUUAGGUAUAACCAAAAUCCUCACCUGAAUAACUUUACAAAAAAAUGGAUUAAAAUAUAGUUAAUAAUAACAAUCUGGAUAAGAAUUUAGAUAAUAACGAAGAAAUAUAAUCAAUUAGUAUUAUCUACCAAGCUCCUAAUGCACAAGGCCAGCCACAAUUUAAUUCUUAAAAAUAAAUAAAAUGGUAAAUAAAUAGAAGAAAAAGGAACUCUGUUUUUUCUUAAAGCAUUUACAAGAGUAGUCAUAGUUUAUAAUCUACACGGCCAAGCAGUAAAAAAAUCUAAAAAGUUGAACAAUAAUUAUCUCAAACAAAUAUAUAUAACAUAAACUAAAACCUAGAUAGUACGAAUAGAAAAUGA